UUGGCGUUAAAACUUGGUCUUGAAAAUUUUCUUUCCCAAAUUCUCCAACGAGGAGGAAAAAGAAACGAAAGUAAGUUAUCCUGAACAAAAAUGGCGACAAUGCUGGGAGCACCAUGGAUAAGAAUCAAGCUUAUGACUGAAUACCAUUCUCCAUUCAUCCGUCAAUCUCCAUUUUCUCUCCACUGUAACUUACGCCGUAAUUUCCGCCGAAACUUUUCAAUUUCGGCGUCUGCAGACUCAUCUCUUUCGAACAAGAAUGAUGGCGAAGUCAGGGUUCGAUUCGCUCCUUCUCCUACUGGUAAUCUUCAUGUUGGAGGUGCUCGGACUGCUCUAUUCAACUACCUUUUCGCUAGGUCAAAAGGCGGAAAAUUUGUGUUGAGAAUUGAGGAUACUGAUUUGGAACGGUCUACGAAGGAGUCUGAAAAUGCUAUGUUGCGUGAUCUUACUUGGCUUGGACUUGAUUGGGAUGAAGGUCCUGGCGUAGGUGGAGAUUUUGGUCCUUAUAGACAAUCUGAAAGAAAUGAGCUCUACAAACAAUAUGCUGAUAAGCUUUUAGAUUCUGGUUAUGUUUAUAGGUGCUUCUGUUCUAACGAGGAACUCGAGAAAAUGAAGGAGACAGCCAAGCUUAAAUCAUUACCGCCAGUAUACACAGGCAAAUGGGCCAGUGCCAGUGAUGUAGAGGUUCAGGAAGAGCUGGAAAAAGGAACCCCUUUUACAUAUCGGUUUCGUGUUCCCAAAGAAGGGAGUCUCAAAAUUGACGACCUUAUUCGAGGAGAAGUUAGCUGGAAUUUGGAUACCCUUGGAGAUUUUGUGAUAAUGAGGAGCAAUGGACAACCUGUUUACAACUUUUGUGUCACUGUUGAUGAUGCAACGAUGGCCAUUUCACACGUCAUCAGAGCUGAAGAGCAUCUACCUAAUACUCUGAGGCAAGCAUUGAUAUACAAGGCUCUAGGGUUUCCUAUGCCGUACUUUGCGCACGUUUCUUUGAUUCUUGCGCCUGAUCGAAGUAAGCUGUCAAAGCGGCAUGGUGCAACUUCAGUGGGUCAGUUCAGGGAAAUGGGCUAUCUGCCUCAGGCACUAGUGAAUUACUUGGCCCUAUUGGGCUGGGGUGAUGGUACAGACAACGAAUUUUUCACUAUUGAACAACUUGUUGAGAGGUUCACUAUAGAACGUGUAAAUAAGAGCGGAGCCAUAUUUGAUUCUACUAAAUUAAAAUGGAUGAAUGGUCAUUAUUUGCGAGGUUUGCCAUCAGAUGAGUUAAUUAAAGUUGUUGGUGAGCGUUGGAAGAGCACAGGGAUUCUAAAUGAAUCAGAGGGGCACUUUAUAGAAGAGGCUGUUGCACUGCUGAAAGAUGGUAUUGACUUGGUACCAGAAUCGGACAAAGCACUUUCAGACUUGCUAUCUUAUCCUUUAGGAGACACUCUUGCAAGUCCUGAAGCUAAGCAAAUAGUUGAAGACGGGCUUUCUGAUAUGGCAGCCAGCCUAUUGGCAGCAUAUGACAGUGGUGAACUCAUCACAGCUCUCCAAGAAGGCCCUACGGGCUGGCAAAAGUGGGUCAAGGCUCUUGGUAAAGCAAUAAAGCGCAAGGGAAAGGGCCUUUUCUUGCCCCUUCGAGUGUUGUUGACAGGAAAGCUUCAUGGUCCAGAAAUGGCACCUGGUAUUGUUCUAUUGUAUAAAGCCGGGACUACUGGUAUUGUAAAUCCGCAGUUCGGGUUCAUAACAUUAGAUGAAAGGUUCAAAAUGCUGCGUGAAAUCGACUGGCAGUCAUUACGAGCUGAUCAUGCUGUGCCAGAACAAACAACCACAGUAGCACAUUGAGGAUCCACCAAAACAUUUAGCUUCUCUUCCAUUUCAAUAACACUGCAAUUUUGACCUUUGAGGUACUCAUGUCUAUUUUGCUGCUUGAUUUUUACAAUUAGGCUCUUAUUUUGGGACUGAUAGAAGUUUGAUCAUAUUGAUUCGGUAAGUUAUACUCAGCAAUUAACUCUUGGGGUGAAACCGAGUAUAUUCAGAGCUGUGAAAUCAAGGUUGAUAAUUUAAUACUAGAUACACUAAUUUCUCUUGUUUUUGAUA